GCUCUUAAUGAGGUCCGGGCGCGCGCGCUGUUCACUAGUGAGGAGCUGGAGCUUCUGUUCACUUCUGAGCGGAUCAAAACUGCGGCGAGGAUGAAUGCUCCGUGCGCGCGCUGCGGGAAAACCGUCUAUCCCACCGAGAAGAUCAGCUGCCUCGACAAGAACUGGCACAAAGGCUGUUUCCACUGUGAAGUGUGUAAGAUGACGCUCAACAUGAAGAACUACAAAGGCUACGACAAGAAACCCUACUGUAACGCUCACUAUCCCAAGACGUCGUUCACUAUCGUGACGGACACGCCGGAGAACCUGCGUCUGAAGCAGCAGAGUGAGCUACAGAGUCAGGUUAAGUAUCACGAGGAGUUCGAGCGCUUGCGGGGUCGAGGUGCCACACACACUCUCGAUGAGCAGCACAUGGCACGUCUCCAUGGAGACCAGCUGAUGGGUGCCGGUGACGGUUACCAUGGUGUCCAGCCGCAGGUGGUUGAGAUGGACCACAGGUCAGCAGGAGCCGCUGGUGUGUUCCAGCAUCACUCCCAUCAUGCUCCGCAGCACCAGCAGGGUUACGCUCACAUGCAGGCCGCCCGCAGCGUUCGCUCUCCUCCACACACGCAGAGGGUGUACCGGGCGCUGUACGAUUACGCCGCUCACGAUCACGACGAGGUUUCCUUCCGCGACGGAGACGUGAUCGUUAACGCACAGCCCAUCGACGAGGGAUGGAUGUUCGGCACGGUCCAGCGCACCGGGAAGUCCGGCAUGCUUCCGGCCAACUACGUGGAGUGUCUGCACUGAGCUCAUCACUCCCACAUGAACACAGCGUCUGUCUGCGGCUCGUCAGACAUCAAACCUGAUAAAAGCUGAUCACUGUACUCAUGUGAAAGAUUACUUCUGCCACAGAAAACACGUUAAAAACAUAAUUGCUUUUUUAUAUGAAGAGUUUAUUUGCAAAAAUGGAUAACUCAUGUUUUUUAUCAUGUUUUUAUUGUGUUAGCUGUAUUUUUAGUUUUGUAACCUGAUCAAUAACCCAAAAGCAGUUUGAGAUUAAUUUGAAUGCACAAAGAAAAAACAUGAUUUUUGAAAAUUGUUAAAAACUGAGUUAUCUGUUUUUGCAAAUUAUCUUUUUUUCUUGCAACUGAAAGUUUAUAUCUCAGUUUAGACUUUUUCUCUCUCAGAAUCACACA